AUGCCACAGCUCUCAUCCUCGGCCUUCGACGUCCCAGUAAUCAAUACACAAGUCUACGACUCAGGCAAUACACCUUACAUUAUGGGUGAAGACGGCGGCGGCGCUACCCACGCGCCAACCGGUGGAAACAACCACAACCCGGCCAGCGACAACAACCUCAACCAGCUGCCCCCCGACGAGGUCAAGAUCAAGCCCAGAAUGACCGACUUCGACGCCACCGAGCUUCGUGAAGCCGUGUCGCCCACCGGCCCCAUGACCCCGAACCCCUUCAGUCGCAAGAACACGAGUAUCGACAUUGACGAUUACUUCACCGGUCCUCGCGACAUCCUCAAGCACUCCAAAUGGCCCCUGUUCAUGCAGAUGCACGGCAGCAUUCUGCCCAAGAUGAUUGUGCCCCUCCUCUGGAUGUGUCUCUGGUCUGCCUGUAUCACCGUUAUCCACAUGAAGAGAACCACAAUGGCCGUGGACUCUGUCUUGCUUACCGUUCUGGGUUUCGUCGUCGGUAUGGGUCUGUCUUUCCGCAGUUCUACCGCCUAUGAACGUUAUGCCGAGGGCCGUCGCUACUGGGCCCAGCUCAUUCUCGCCUGCCAGAACCUCGGCCGCGUUUUCUGGAUUCACAGCGGCGACCCCGAUGGCAUUGAGCCCAGACAAGCACUGUUGCGCAAGGUCGGUUGCAUGAACCUGCUUCUCGCCUUCUCGGUCGCCCUCAAGCACAAGCUGCGCUUCGAGCCUUAUACCGGCUAUGAGGACCUCGAGCACCUCGUUGCCCACCUGCAGACUUUCGCCCAGGAGGCCACUCACGCCGAGCCCGAGAAGAUGGUCAUGCGCAAGAAGAACUUCUUCAAGGAGACGGGAGAGUAUCUCGGUGUCUCCUUCGCCGCCAGUAACCCUCGCAAAAUGAUCAAGAAGGCGUCCCGCCCCCUCGGCAACCUGCCUCUCGAAAUCCUCAGCCACAUCUCGUGCCUCGUUGAUAAGAUCGUUGAGGACGGCCAGCUCAAGGUACCCAUGCAGCAGACCCUUGCCUACAACAACGUCGCUCUCCUGAACGACAUCAUGACAGGCACUGAACGUGUUCUCACCACUCCCCUACCCAUCGCUUACACCAUCGCCAUCAGUCAGAUCACCUGGGUCUACGUCAUGCUUCUACCCUUCCAGCUCGUCGGUAAGCUUCAGUGGAUCACGAUCCCCGCCACCGUCGCGGCUGCGUACAUCAUCCUCGGUAUUCUCUUCAUUGGUCGUGAAAUUGAGAACCCUUUCGGAGAGGACGUCAACGAUCUGCCUCUCGAGUUGUACUGCGAGCAAAUUGCCUCGGAGCUUGACAUCAUCGCCUCAUUUGAGAAGAGUGAGCCUUACGCAUUCAUGGAGUCUAACCGCAACCUUCCGCUGUUCCCCGCGAGCAUGGCGCCGUAUCCCGUGUGGAUGACGCGUUCCGACACCCGCGUUCGUGAUGCCAUCUUGACCAAACACAACACCGUCUUUGAGUUCCGCAAGAGGGCUGUCCUUGAGAAAGAGGCGCUGAAGACUGCCAGCACAACGAAGAAGACAAGUAGCGAAGGCACUGUCACCUCCAACGGGGAUCACAAUGUGUAG